GUGAGUGACUGACUUUUGGCUCGAUGCGCGCCCGGCGCCGUACGCGGGAGCAUGCUUGUGCACCUGUUCGUGCUUAGCACCGCGCUUGCGGCGGCCACGAGCGGCAAACACGGAGGUGUAGAAGUACCGGAAUUCGGGGAGCCAAUCACCAAUCUGACAGUCCCGAUCGGCCGCGAUGCAACUUUCAAGUGUAUAGUCGUAAAUUUAGGAAAUUACAGAGUGGGCUGGGUGAAGGCGGACACAAAGGCUAUACAGGCGAUCCAUGAACACGUGAUCACGCACAACCACCGCGUAUCAGUUUCGCACGCGGAUCAUUCAACUUGGUACUUGCACAUAAAGAACGUACAAGAGGAGGACCGAGGACAAUACAUGUGCCAAAUAAACACAGAUCCCAUGAAAAGUCAAAUGGGAUACCUUGAAGUGGUUAUUCCACCCGACUUUAUUCCCGAAGAGACUUCAGGGGAUACGAUGGUACCUGAAGGUGGGACAGCCCGAGUAUCGUGUAAAGCGAGGGGUAUUCCACCGCCGAGGGUUAUGUGGAAACGUGAGGAUGGACAGGAAAUAGUUGUAAGAGAUAAUACCGGAGCAAAAAAUAAAGUGCUCGGGUACCAAGGUGAAGUAUUAAAGUUGACGAAGAUAUCACGUUCCGAAAUGGGAACUUACUUGUGUAUUGCGGGUAAUGGAGUUCCGCCCACAGUGAGCAAGAGGAUUCAUAUAAGCGUACAUUUUCAUCCAGUGAUUCAAGUACCGAAUCAGCUAGUCGGUGCGCCACUAGGCACAGAUGUUACCCUCGAAUGCUACGUUGAAUCUUCGCCAAAAUCAAUCAACUACUGGGUUAAGGAUCCAGGUGAGCUGAUAAUACCAUCCGAGCAUCACGAGAUGACUGUCAGGCAGAAGUCGAUGUUCGAAGCCGAAAUGUCUAUGACAAUCAAGAACAUUCGAAGAGAAGACCUUGGCAGCUACAUAUGUGUUGCAAAGAACUCCUUAGGAGACGUGGAGAGCAAAAUCAGGUUAUACGAAAUACCAGGCAAUGACAGGCAUAUAUAUCAGUACCCAGAGGAAAGAACGGUGUCAGAUGACGAGUAUGGGACGGAAAUUUAUGAUGAAGAUUUUGAUGAAAAGGAUACAGAAAAAAGCAAUCGAGUUUCAGACAGAGCGAACAAAUGGUAUUCCAACGAUGGCAAAAUAAUCGUUUCUACUAACAAUGCAUCAAUAUUUAAUGCUACAAUUAUUAUUGUUACAAUUAUAAGUCUAUUAGAUACUCUAUCUUAAAACUAUUCCGCUAAAAUAUUAAUCCCAAACCGUGCUGUCUUAAAUAUAUAGGUUCAUUAUUUUAUAAAUAUAUUAUAUUCUAAUUUCGUAUAUAAAA